AUGACAAUUACAUCUGUGCAGAGCCUCCUGCCAGGCCGCAUUGCUUCCAAUUCCGCCGAGAAGCAGACCGCAAAGCCUCCUCCACAGCUCCAUGGCAUUACAGACUUCCCUUUCAAAGGCUAUCAUCCUCCGCAGCCAGAGGGUUACCAGCAAAGCCAGGCUCACCCGGACACCAGCGCCAUCGUCAUUGACAAUGGUAAAGUCAAUCAAUCCAGGCUGUUGGAACUCACUCGGGACUCACAGCUAACAUAUGUGCCACCUGCACAGGUUCUCAUCUCGUCAAGGCCGCUUAACCGCCAAUGUCAAUUCGUCGGAUACGAUGCUUACGUCGAUGCGACGACAAGGGGACAGCUGCGCAAUGGCUUUGACCCCGGCUCAAGCGUUGUGGGUAACUGGGAUGUCAUGGAAGGAGUGCUGGACUACCUCUUCCUCAAGCUGGGCGUCGAUGGUGCCAAUGGCGGCGUCGGCCGUCCCAUCUUAAUGACGGAGCCCAUCGCCAACAUGGGCUAUUCUAGAAAAAUGAUGAACGAAAUCUUAUUUGAAUGCUACUCUGCACCCUCGGUGGCUUACGGUGUCGACUCCCUCUUCUCAUAUCGUUACAAUGGCGGCAAGGAUGGCUUAAUCGUGGACUCAUCGCACACGUCUACUCAUGUCAUCCCCGUGAUGAACUCGAAACCUAUACUUUCCAACAGCUCCCGUCUCAACUGGGGUGGCCUACAAGGCUCCGAAUAUUUGAUGAAGCUCAUGAAGCUCAAGUACCCGACCUUCCCAACUCGCUUGACAGACGCACACAUGGAGGAGAUGGUCCAUAAUCACUGCUAUGUUUCGCAAGAUUACAGCCGCGAACUAAAUGGGUACCUUGAGUGGUCCGGACUGGAGGACCGCGAUCGUGUCAUUCAGUAUCCAUUCACAGAGCACGUUGUCCAAGAAAAGACGGAAGAAGAACUCGCCAAAAUCGCCGAGCGCAAGAAGGAGAGCGGCCGUCGCCUUCAGGAACAGGCCGCCAGAAUGCGCCUCGAGAAGCUUGUCAAGAAAGAGCAAGAGCUGGAGUACUGGAAAGAUCUCCAAAUCAGACUGGAGAAUGAGAACAAAAAGGAAACUCGUCGCAUUCUCGAAGCCGAAGAUCUGAAGGAUGAAGCUGCUCUUGAAAAAAUGAUCCGCGAAUUAGAGAAGUCCAUCAAACGCUCGCGUAACAAGGACCUCGGUAUUGAAGAAACGGAAGAACAGCCCGAAGAAAUGACAUUCCCCAUGCUCGACAUCCCAGAUGAUCAAUUGGACGAAGCUGGCUUGAAAGAGAAACGUCACCAGCGCCUGAUGAAAUCCAAUGUCGAUGCCAGACAGCGUGCGAAGGAGGAGAAGGAGCGCGAGAAGGCUCGUGUCGCAGAAGAAGAGAGGCUGGAUCGCGAGGAGCGGGAGAACAACUUCGAGAGCUGGAUCUCAAAACGUCGUGAUAACCGCAAGCGCAUUCUCCAAAACAUUAAAGAUCGUGACCGUUUCACUGCCGACCUGGGCAACCGCAAAUCCCUUGCCAGUCAAAUGCGUAUGAAGACACUGGCCAAUCUGGCGUCCGACGGCCCUAAGAAGCGUCGCCGCGGUGGUGACGAGGACGACUUCGGUGCCAAUGACGAUGACUGGGGUGUCUACCGUACCGUUGCUGUGGGUGAUGCCAGUGACGACGAGGAAGAAGAGGAUCUCAACGCCAUGCUCGACUCUGCUGAAAAGGAACUACUUGAGUUCGACCCGGAGUUCAGCGAGCAUAACACGUUCGCCGCACAGUCGGACUGGACGAAGAGUCUUGUUCACGCAUUCCUUCGCGGUCCUUGGCCCUUUGACCCGGAGAGCCAGCGGGAGGCUCACCAGCUUCAUUUGAACGUUGAGCGUAUCCGCGUUCCCGAGGUUGUCUUCCAGCCCUCCAUCGCUGGUGUUGACCAGACAGGUCUAAUUGAGAUUGUGGCCGAUAUUAUCAAUCAGCGCUACACAGAUCCGCAAGAUCAGUCUCGCCUAUUGAAGGAUGUGUUCUUGACUGGUGGAAAUACUCUUUUCACUGGCUUCGAUGAACGUUUCCGCAACGAGGUGCGGGGAUUCCUGCCUACUGACGCUUCGCUGAAUGUACGCAAGGCGUCCGAUCCCGUUUUUGAUGCUUGGAAAGGUGCGGCUCAAUGGGCUUCUGGUAGCGACUUCAGUCGCUCUUCUGUCACGCGACAAGAGUAUUUGGAGAAGGGCAGUGAGUAUAUCAAGGAGCACGAACUUGGUAAUUCUAUCUGGUGA